AUGUCUGGGACCAAUUUAGGAAUGAAACAGCUGCGCAAGAAGCUUGGUCACCGGCAGGAAUCACAUCCUAGCAUGCUGGAACUGUUGGCAGCUCCCCGCCCGCUCCAGGCCUCACAAGAUGGCCGACUGGAUAGCCCACGUGGCUCUCUAUUCCCAGUGUCAAUGGCAGACAUCCACAUGGGGGAGGCAACCCAAAUUCUCCAAAAGCUCACGGAGGUGAAGACCUACCUCCCAAGUGAGAUCUCCCGCCACUCAAGAGAAGUGAAGGCAGAGAUACAGGCCCUAGGGACCCGCACAUCCCAACUGGAGCACAAGGUGGAAUCAGUGGUACAAGUGCAGAAUACAGCAAUAUCACAUGCAGAACUCAUGGCCCAGCAGAUAGACCAACUAAAGAUGCAGGUCAAGGAUUUAUCGAACCACUCCAG